AUGAGGGAACUGCAUUUGAAUCUUAGAAACUGUGUGCUGAAUAGUGUUUUGGGCAGGUACAACGUGGUGUUCCUGUGCGUGACGUAUCUGGUGCCUGUGACGGCGAUGGCGGUGUGCUACGGCCUUAUGGGCCGCGAGCUGUGGGGGGACCGCGGCAUCGGAGAGAAGACGGCGCGGCAGCAAGAAGCUGUCCGCUCCAAGAGGAAGGUGGUGCGCAUGCUGGUGCUGGUGGUGGCCAUCUUCGCGAGCUGCUGGCUGCCCUACCACGCCUACUUCAUCUACGCCUACCACGACCCGGCGGUCGCCUCCAGCUGGUACGUGCAGCACCUCUACCUCGGCUUCUACUGGCUCGCUAUGGCCAACGCCGGUGUCAACCCUGCCAUCUACUACUGGAUGAAUAAUCGGUUCCGGCUGUACUUCCAGCGUGCCCUGUGCCGGCUCUGCUGCAGCUGCGCGACAGCCUCCAAGCAGCGGGAGGCGCAGAUGGGCCUCACCUACUUCCGCAACACGCCGCACAGUAACUCAGAGACCACUAGGCGCAUGCGCGCCAGUUGUGGUACUGAAUAUGGUGGUAGUACAAUUAUCGUAAUUACUGGUGAUUAUGAACGUUGA